GAACUUACCGUGGGCAGUAGUUAAAGACUCUGCCUUUGCCUACCUCUGCAUUUGACUACUGGGGAGAAUGCGUCGUCUGUGCGCAGUAUUCUAUUGUACUACUUUGUCCGUAUUGUCAGUGUGCGUGGGAUCGAUGCUGACGCUGAUCGGUAAAACCGGAGAGUCGGUUACUCUGCCCUGCCGCUAUGACAUCAUAGCUAACGGGCUCACGGAAAUGUGCUGGGGGAGAGGCGAGGUUCCCACGUCCAAAUGCAGCAACACAAUCGUUUCCACCGACGGGGAAAAAGUGACCUUCAGCGAAUCGGACAGAUACCGGUUACAGAGCGGGGUUCAGGAGGGAAACGUGUCGCUGACCAUCAUCAACGUGACGGAGAACGACUCCGGGAUCUACGGGUGCAGGGUGGAGAUUUCAGGCUGGUUCAACGACCUGAAACUCAACUUUUAUUUGAUUACUGUGAAAGGUGUACCUGAAUCCAACACACCCCUAAACACCACCGAACUACCUGUGUUUUAUUCUGAUGCUCAACGAGGGGAGGGGACAACUCCACCUGCAGACACGGGGAACUCGGACAUCCCGGUGCUGGUUUCGGUCCAAGAUCAGGAGAUUUCUCAAAGGUUCAGUGGAAACGUCAUUCGAAUAGGAGCAGCGAUAUUCAUCCCAGGCCUGAUCAUCAUUGUAAUUCUUGAACUGAGGUCCCGUCAGGAGAAGCGGCGCAGAAGUGCCGAGCAGUUGGACCACAGCGCCCCCACUGUCCAGAUCAGAAACUGAGCCUCCCGUGGGUGUGGGAAGUCCCCAUAUCUCAGCAUAAACAGAAAGUGUGAAAGGGAACCGACCCAAAAAAAAAAGAACAAUAAACAGGAGAGUUGCAAACUUUCCCCAAACCCCUCAGCGCCCCUGCUCCUCAGCCGGGGCCGUUCCCCUCUGAGUUUGGGUUUAUAAACAGGCCCUGAGCCACGCUGGCGUCUGCCCCCACAGAGGGAGAGAUUCAGUCAGCUGCAACACAACUGCGGCUCUCGGCUCACCGGCUCCUCCUGCUGGUCGCUCAGGUGAACGCGUGGCUGCUUCCUCAGUCUGGGCAGCGCCGCCCUCAGACGGACGGGUGUGCGCGGCGGGAACGCUCGUCGGCCGCGGCGUCACAGGAAGUGGCGGUUUGACGUCGCGCGUGUCAAAGGAGAGCGAGCACACGACCGCGCUCUCCCAAUCUGAGGACGGUCGGUGAAUACGAUUGGACGCUCCAAAUUGGGAGGGAAAAAAAAAAAAACGGCAAGCAGGACACAAAAUGGCGUGGCAUUCACCAUCCCGUGGGCAUCCGUCACAGUGGGAACCCCGAGUCAGAGCUGCCCCAGAAACACACCCCCCACGCCACCGAGACCCGUUUCUCUGACCCCGGUGCCUGUUGCCAUGGAGACAGCAAACUGUAUAUUCUGUAAAUACUGUAGAGGUGUACGAUACCCUUUGUAAGCUGUAAAUUUGUUCAAUGCAAACAUUAAAAUAUGACACAAAACUGC